ACCUUUUCAAAAGCAUAAAAGAGACAUAAAAACUAAGGAAAUGAAUUUGUUUUUGUUUGGAUGUGCAUGAGGAGGAAGAGGUGGUCGAAGAGAGAGAGGAAAAUGUGUUGGUUUUGUUGGUAGAGGAGGUGUUUGUUGCAUGGUGCCAACGAAUCUCACCUUUCAUAUUCAUGUUACGAGCUUGGAUGGGAAGGGUUAAAUUGAAGAUAAAGAAAUUAGAGAGCAUAAGCAACCGGCAUGUGACUUAUUCAAAGCGUAAAAGUGGAAUUUUAAAGAAAGCAAAGGAAUUAUCAAUACUGUGCGACAUAGACAUUCUCCUUCUCAUGUUUUCUCCUACAGGAAAGCCUACAUUACUACAAGGAGAGCGCAGUAAUAUUGAGGAAGUUGUUGCAAAAUUUGCUCAACUUAGCCCACAAGAAAGGGCCAAAAGGAAAAUGGAAAGUCUUGAAGCUUUAAAGAAAACCUUCAAGAAAUUGGAUCAUGACGUAAAAAUACAGGAUUUCUUAGGUUCAAGCAGCCAAACAGUGGAGGAAUUAUCUCAUCAAGUGAGGGUUUUACAAGCUCAGCUCACAGAAGUACAUCAGAGACUGAGCUAUUGGAAUAAUGUAGAGAAGAUCAACAAUUUAGAGCAUCUGAGGCAAAUGGAAGAGUCAAUACGAGAAUCAAUCAAUCGAGUCGGCCUGCAGAAGGAAAAUUUAGGGAAGCAUCAACUCAUUUCACUUGAAUGUGCUAACCAGUUACAGGAAGGGAUGACUUUACCCUUGAUGAUGGCAAGUCUACAAGAAUCUCAACCACUGUCUUGGCUUUUGAAUAAUGAUAAUCAUCAAUUGUUGUUACCAAAUGAACCAAAAUUUCUACCAUUCAGUGAUAAUACCAAUAGAGAAGCUGAGUGUUCCACUGACAUUUCACUUCCAAGCUAUUCAAAUUAUAUUGGGAGCAACAAACUUGAAGUUGAGCUCUCCCCAAGUGACUUUGGGUCAAGGAGGUGGUGCAAUGAACGAGCUAAAUGGAACUACAUACUUAAAUGUACAACGUUGUGACCAAUUUACGUUCCCUCCACAAGAUAUUGAGGAAGCAAAACAUUUACCUACAUUGAACAAUAAAU